AUGGCAAGCGAGCCUGCAUUUCUGACGAGCCUCCCGGUCGAGCUCAUGGUUAACGUGGCUGAAGCCAUCUCGCCCUCGGAUCUCCUCAGUCUCAGGUCAGCCUGCCGCGAUACCGCUGCGAAGACCCAUGACAUCUUUCUACGGACUCACUUCAGAGACAAAUGCUUCAUGAUAUCCAACAAAGCCUCGAUGAGCACAUUGCUGCAGAUCUCCAAGAACGAAAUUCUUGCACGCUCCAUCAGACGACUGUGCUUUUUCUCCACUCGUCUAAUCCACGUGACAAGGCUGGAGCACAGACAGAAUGCCAUUAAGGAGCUUUGUGCACUCGAUUCAGUCAGUCCAGUCCGAAGAUCGCAGGCAGACAAGCGCAGGCCGCCGUACGAGGCUUUCGAAGCCGGGCAACAGGCAUUUGUUAGACGUGAUUGCAUGGACGUCUUGACAGAAAUCUUUCUCAACUUUGCGGAAAUCGGCAGCACCCCAGCGUCGACUUUGUCAAACCUGAGCGCAAGAUUGCAAGAGGAGGAUCUCAUGAAUCUUACCAACCUCGAUCAGUUUCUCGCAGACGUCCGGCCAUGGGGUUACCAGGUUCUUUGCAAGAUCUUCAAGACUCCGCGAUAUUCCACAGCGUACCAUCGAGACCACGCUGAUCACAUCAAUGUGUACAAGGCCCUCUUGAGUGCCAGAUAUCCAGUGCAGGCGCUCACGCUUGGCGAUGUGGAUAUGCCGUUCAACGUGCACAUGUUGGCUAUCCGAGACAGCUCGUUCCUGUCGAACUCUCUGCGCCUUCUCAAGCUCAAAGUCCUUUUUCCGCGAGGCCUCGGCGCCCAUCCUACCGGCGGAUAUGCCAGAGCCGGUCUGAGUGCCUCGGUCCACUUCCUUGCUGGUGCUCACAGCCUUGAGUCUCUGGUCCUGGGAGUCUCGUACACCCCUUUCACGGAUCCAGCCAUGAAAGGUCCCAUCUUCAAAUAUAUCUCAACCAUGGCGUAUCCGGACGGCACACGGAUCGUCAUCACAGCGGACGCACAGAUGCUGCCAAAGCUGAAGACACUCGAACUCCAAGAUCAUGACGACCUCGAUCUCCACACACUCCUGUCUUUCUUGCGCGAGCGCAGGCGCACUUUGACCGCUCUAACUUUGGACAGCGUGUAG